GCUUCCGGAAAUAGGGCAUAGUGUGCGACCAAGGAUAUUAAACAUCUAUGGAUGACUCAGGUCAGCCUCAAGGAGCUUCGAAUACAAUAGCUGACAGCCUUGAGAACGUCAAUGUCUCACGCAUAAAAGCCCAUAACAUACAGAGCGCACACAAAGGCACAGUUUGCUCUCGCCCGGAGCCAGCAUAACAGUUUGCUACCCAGUUUACUAUAAUACCUUCAUUCUCUCCGAGAUAAUGGAUCAAGUUAUAUUUGGAGUUGUCCUAGCUUGUCUGGCUUGUGGCGUGUCCAGCUACGACGCAAAUUGCUCGUCCACUACUGAGAUCAACAAUGCGGUUUCAAUCUGCUUGCACAACAAGGAAGUGUUGAAGUAUUUUGACGUUAUCAAGUAUGGAGUCGCGAUACCGAAAUACAACUACUAUCGGAAGAUGUGCUUCCAAGAAUAUUUGUAUCCUGAUGCCAUGGAAUGCUCAGCUUAUGUGGUUUCACAGUGUUAUCCAGACCGUAGCAAAAUAUAUAACAGAACAGUUGUGAAAGCCUGGACAGAGAUCAGUGAUAUAUGCAACGACGUCGAUCUAAAAACUGACUGCAUUGGCAAUGCUAUCAGGAGUGACUUGACAAACUGUGAAAAACGCCAGAUGGCAUUGCAAGAUCAAAGUAUCUCGCCGCUGUGCAGACAGUUGAAAGCUUACGCUGUCUGCGUUGUGGGAGAGAUGAGGAAAUGCGAUGAAUACACUGCAAAGUACUGGGGAGGGCAUUUACAAAACUUUAACAACAGAUUCUGCAAAGCCGAUCCUCAUAAGCCUUCCAGCACAACGCAAGUUGGGAGCACAACGCUUACUCUCAUCUUGCUCGUUUCCUUUGCUGUCUGGCAAAAGUCUUGAAGAGAUGACGCAUCCAGAAAAGAGGUUUACUAGUCACGACGGACCUGGUGUGUUUCAUCAAAGCUGAGAAUCUGUGAAAAGUUUAAAUGCUGAUAGGGGCAAAUAUAUAAAGCAAACUUGUAACAAAAUGCGUAUUCUUGAGAACAAACUAUGGUAUGUAAAACGAUUUUGACCAAAACAGUUGGACCUGUGUAAAGCAAACUAGUGUUCCAAUCUUUUGAAGGUUUCUUUAAAAAGUAAAUAAAUGAAGUUAAAUCAAUUAUUAGUUUAGUUUCAAAUUUUUCCUUCUAAAUUGUUUAGAAUCUGCCAUGGAAUAAAUGUACCCGAAGGUUG